AGACCCGUUCUACCAGCUCAGAAUGUGAUCUCACAGUGCGCGGUUGCUCCGGUGACCAGACAAAUCCCAGACUGAGAGGUUCUGCUUCGAAACAAUAUGUCCUGUCACUAGUGAUUUGUUACAAGUUAGGUACAGUGGUCAACAGCGCAGUGUCACCAUGUUGCUGAAUAGAAUGGUGGUAUUUGGACUCUUUUGUCUGGGGAUACUGUAGAGAGGCAGUGGCAAUUCAAAGGCACUGGAUUUGACAGGGCUGCAACCAUGACCCAGAGUGGAGGUGUGAACGUGCACAGCGCGGUGGCCGAGGAUCGUCUGGAGGUGCUGCAGGUGUACCGUCUGCUGCAGUGUGUACGCGAGGGAGACGCGCCCGCGAUAGAGAAGAUGGUGCACCUGGGCGUGCCGAACCUCAUCAACCUGACAGAGCCCAGCGAGGGAAACGCCGCCAUGCACCUGGCCUCCGUGGCCAACGACACCGACAUGGUGCGCUUCCUACUCUCACAGGGUGCACACCCUAACAUCCAGGACAAGAAGGGGCGUACGCCCGUCAUCCUGGCAGCUCAGCUGGGCCAUGACAACAUGGUCGCCCUGCUGGCCAAGAAUCACGCCAACAUGGACGUGGUCGACACCGAGGGAAAAGGCACACUGUUCUACUGCAUCUCUCCCACCAAGCGUCACAUGCGCUGCCUGCAGGUGGCGCUCAACAGCAAAGCCAACGUCAACAACGUGUCCACAGCCGGGACGCCCGUCUUUCUGCUGGCCUGCGAGCGCGCUCACGACUGUGAGAACAUGUGCAUCAGCAUCCUGGAGAGAGGGGCUGACCCCAACGCCACCAACGAGGCGUCUGGUCGUUCGGCCCUGAUGGAGGCAGCCAGGGCGGGAGCGGUAGACCUGGUCAGGGCCAUCCUCCAGAAAGGGGGAAACCCCAACGCUGUGGACAAGAAGAGGAUACACACUGCCCACCUCGCGGCAGAGGGGGGCUUCUUUGAGGUGAUAGUGGUGCUGUCUGCUUACUCUGCAGACUUGAGUGUGACUGCCUUGGACGGGAACACCCCCUUGCACUUGGCUGCAGCUGGAGGCUUCACUGAGUGCUGCAGGUUCCUGGCUCAGAGAGGCUGCAACGCCAAGCUGAAGAACACAGAGGGUUUCAUCCCCAGUCAGAUUGCCAAGAACAACAACCAGAAGCCAGCCAUGAAGGAGCUGAAGAAGGCAGAGCGUCUGGAGGUGAAGUUCUCCAAACCGGGCGCCGUCAAUCCCAAUGAGCUGUGGGCGCUCACGCUGCACGACUGGUCCUGCGAACACGAGGCGUCGCUUCGCACCGCCAUGGAGAUCGCUGAGGAGGCUGUGGGUCCCAUGGAGACGGUUACCCGGGAGACGUUUGUGGCGGUACUGCAGGAUCACCGAGCGCCAGUGGAUGACGAGAACCUCCAGAAGGUGAUUCUGGAGCACGACAAGAAGCGCGAGGGACUGAUCAACGUGACUGAUUUCUUCAAAGGGGUGCGCUACCUCCAAAAAGCCUUUACCCUUCCCUCCUACGAGCCCAAGAAGAAGAAAGCCGGGAAAGGGGGGAAGGGGAAAAAGAAAGGUAAGUUCGUCCUCCCCAUGCCCAUUUGCAUUGUCCCUCCGGAGCUCAUCUUCCGGCGCGAGGACGGCGGGCCCCCAAACUUCAUGGUGGAGAGCUACCAGCAGUUCACCGACACCAAGCGGUUCGACCGCGACCACCCGCCGGGCCACCCCAUCGAAGACGACUCAGCGUGGUACGUGGACGAGCCGGAGAAAAUCUAUAUCAACAUCAACUACUGUGUGAAGACGGGGGACCUGGAGUCUCUGAGCCUGGCCUUCAGUCAGGGGGUCCCUGUGGAUGUGAAGGACUGCUACUAUAAGACGCCCCUGAUGACCGCCUGCGGGAGCGGGAACUACGAGGUGGCCAAGUUCCUCAUCAGCCUGGGUGCUGACGUGACCACGUGCGACCAGUUCAGUUGGACACCGCUGCACCACGCCUCCCAUGCAGGCCAGGUGGACAUCGUGGACCUCCUGGUGCAUUCUGGGUCAGUGGUGGACGCCGUGGCCAUGAAUGGAGCCACACCCCUCAUGAGGGCCAUCGAGAGCUGCAGACCGUGCUGUGUGGACUACCUCAUCAAGGCCGGAGCCAAGGUGCAGGCAGAGAACAAGAAAGAGCAGAAUUGCAUGGACAUUGCCAGAGCAUAUGGAGACAUCAGGAUAACUGAUCUGGUCCAGGCUAAGUUUGACAGCCUCCCCAAGUCCAAGGAGGGGAAGGGGAAGGGAGGAGGUAAACCUGUGGCCAAGCUAGCCAGUCUAGCUGCUCCUAAGUCUGACUCUGUGUCUGCGACCUCCUCUGAGACGACGGUGAGGAAGGUUUCUCUGAAGGACAACAUCAUCUUCCUCAACACCCAGAUCACCAGCGGAGCCACCAACCGCCUCGACAUCAGCUUUGUGCCAAAAACAGUGUGGGGCAAGCAGCUGACCAGCAGCCAGCUGAUUGAGAGGAAGGAGGAGAGGAGAGACCGUCUGUCCUACGAGGUGGACUUUGAGGACUUCAUGAUGCCUUUCAACCAGAACAUCAGGCAGAAGGCCCAGGAACUGGGAGGCCUCGACAACUGACACAGACAGGCUGUCCCAAAUGGAACCCCUUUCCUAUUAUAUAGUGCACUACAUUUGACCAGGGCCCAUAGGGCACAAACAUAGUGUUUGUCAACAUAGUGCAGUAAAUGGGGAAUAGGGUGCCAUUUCAGAUGCACGCAGAAAGAGACAAAAAUAAACCACAUGUCCAGUCA